UUUGAUGGCUAAUAAUAAUUUUUACUUUAUUCUUUUCUCAAGUUCAACUUUGAAUUAAAUUUGAUUUUAAAGAGCAGAAGUUCAAAGGAAGCGGAAUGAUUGUUUCUCAUGCGACAAGAUACGCCAGGAAUUGUGCACGUGUUGAUUAAUUUGCCGAACUUCUGAAGAACAUUCCACGGAACUGAAAAAGGAGUUGCUGCACUAGUGCCCAGUUUUAAUCGGAUCGAUCUUCAAGUCUUACGGUGCCAUGGAUAAAUCGAAUUGCGGUCCUGCGGAAUCUGAAAAAUGUGACCGGAACGCUUGUAUGGAUUCUGCUGAUGGUAACCGCGGUUUGAGAUACAGAAAUACGAUGGCAGCGUCGUCUCAAAAUCAACAAAGUGGUCGCUUACCCGAUAAACUAGAGGAAAAUUUAGAAACCGAAAACGGAAUUAACGAAAGAAGCGAAUUGUUCAACGAAUUUCGCGAUUCUACUUCGAAGGGAAACGUUGAUUUCAAACCGGAAUUGCCACGUACUGCCGAGACUGAAAAUGCAGCGAGCAUAAUCAAUACGGACACCUCCGGUAUCGGUUCGUUAGCUCACAAUGCUGCCGAACAAGCGGAAGAAUUUGUUAGAAAAGUUUGGAAAGGAUGCCAUUUUCACGCUUUACCUCAAUGGCUACAAGACAACGAUUACUUACACACUGGCCAUCGACCGCCUUUGAAUUCGUUUUGGGCUUGCUUCCAAUCAGUUUUCCGGGUACACACGGAAACGGUGAAUAUUUGGACGCAUUUAUUAGGCUGUAUAGGUUUCAUGGGAAUCGCUGCGUACUUUCUGACCCGGCCGUCUUCCGAAAUCAAAGUGCAAGAAAAGAUUGUUUUCAUGUUAUAUUUUGCCGGAACUAUCAUAUGUUUAGGAUUAUCGUCCGCAUUUCACACAUUACACUGUCAUUCGGAGUGGGUUGGAAAACUAUUCAGCAAAUUAGAUUAUUGCGGUAUCGCCGUGUUGAUUAUGGUUUCCUUCGUUCCUUGGUUAUACUACGGAUUUUACUGCCACCUGUACUCGAAACUGGUCUACACGUGUGUCGUGCUCGUCUUGGGCUUUUCAUCUAUCGUCGUGUCUUGUUGGGAUAGAUUUAGCGAACCAGCAUUGCGUCCUUUGAGAGCAUGCGUAUUUAUUGUUUUUGGUUUGAGCGGCGUUAUACCGGCUAUGCAUUACGCUUACGUUGAAGGCUGGUUCAAUCGUAUCGCGCUGGCCAGCUUAGGCUGGUUAAUUUUGAUGGGCAGCCUCUACAUCAUCGGCGCCGUCAUCUACGCGUUUCGUGUACCCGAACGUUUUUUCCCCGGAAAAUGUGAUAUAUGGUUUCAAAGUCAUCAGAUUUUCCACGUUUUCGUCGUCAUCGCCGCAUUCGUUCAUUACCACGGUAUCACAGAAAUGGCAAUGCAUCGAAUGACUGUCGGAGAAUGUCGAACCGACAUUGUAUACUAAGAUCGGCGCGGCGCGGCGUGACGCAAGUUUUUCUGUGAAACACAAACCUACGUGUGACAUCGAUACAAAUAUACCUACUGCAUAUGUUAUACUCGUAUGUACCUAAAGUGUAGUUGUAAAAAAACAAGAAAACUCUCAUUUUACAACUUACUUAGUACUUCAAGAAUGAAAUAGAAUACCGUAUCCAAAAAUAUCAUAUGCCGACGUGAAUUUGGUCGAGGUUAUAAUUAUUUUAGUGAUAGCAAAUUGUGAAUUUUCUGUGAUUUUUAAUGGUACCUAAUAAUUACAAAUAACGUGUUAUCGACGCGUAUUGUCCGGGCAAUGUGCACCGAUGAAAUAUUUUUCAAUAUUUUGAUCACGAAUCCCGAACACGGUUUAUCUACAUUAUAGGAUUAUUAACAUCGAAAGAAAGAAAGAAAAAAAACAAGCAUCAGAUAUUGUACUAUUUCAUAGCGUUCGCUCGUAGUUGAUGAAACUUUUGAAUACCUAGUUUUCCUUAAUUUACGGCUGAAAAAUAGCAACAGCAACAGCCGUCAUUUUUAUUUGUUAUUUUACCGAGUGUAGUUAUUUUUUAGCGUUUUGCUUUUUAAGAGCUAGAAAAAAACAAAAAACAAUUGUACAUAAAAUAUUUUCGUUUGUUCAUUUUUAAAUUUUUAAUAAUGUAAAAUGUAUAUAACGCAUUGUGAUAUUUUUUUUUCAGUCAGCUCUAAGCACUUCCGUCAACUACUGUUUUCUUUUAAACAUCGUAGGUAGAUAAGGUACCUUAUCUACCUGCGUCUACGCAUCAACUUGACGUAUGUAUUUUUCAGCGGAAAAAGUAGAUUUGCGAAUUGCGAUCGAGUUUGAAAAUGCGAUGGAAGAAUUUUGUAUCGGAAGGCGGACAUUGGCGGAUUGGAGAUUACCGAAUUACGUACAUAUUUUUUUAUUUCACGACGAGAUGUUUAUUUUCUGAAGGCAAAUUAUAACGUGAAUUUACAAUGCGA